AAACAAUUUACACGUCAAAUAUACAAAAUUGUGGCAGUCGGCAAAAUUUUCGUGUAUAACUACAAUAUUCAACUAAAACAACAAUGGCUUUCAAUUUCAAAAAACUCCCUAUAGACAAAGUAGAACUAAAAAAUAAAAGAGUGGUAAUAAGAGUGGACUUCAACGUUCCUAUGAAAGAUGGAAAAAUCACCAACACCCAAAGAAUAACAGCGGCUUUAGACACUGUUAGGUAUGCAAUUGAAAAAGAAGCAAAGUCGAUAGUACUGAUGUCACAUUUGGGCCGCCCGGACGGCCAGCCGAAUCAGAAAUAUUCCUUGAAACCAGUUCACGAGGAACUGGAGAAGCUGUUGGGCAAGAAAAUAAUGUUCCUUCCGGACUGCGCCGGGCCAGAGGUCGAAAAAGUGUGCAAAAAUCCCGCUCCGGGCACCAUCAUUUUGCUGGAGAACCUCCGCUUUCGCCUAGAGGAGGAAGGUAAAGGAAAAGACGCCCACGGAAACAAAGCCAAAGCCGAUCCUGACGACGUGAAGGAGUUCAGAAUGAGUUUAUGCAGAUUGGGCGAUGUAUACAUCAACGAUGCCUUCGGUACCGCCCACAGAGCCCAUUCCUCUAUGAUGGGCGAAGGUUUCUGCCAACGAGCCUGCGGAUUCCUAAUGAAAAAAGAACUGGAAUACUUCGCCAAGGCUCUAACGAACCCCCCGAGGCCGUUUCUGGCCAUUCUAGGCGGCGCCAAGGUGGCCGAUAAAAUCCUCCUAAUCGAGAAUCUAAUAGACAAAGUCAACGAAAUGAUAAUCGGCGGCGGAAUGGCGUACACCUUCCUCAAAGAAAGCGACGGCAUGGAAAUCGGCAACUCGCUCUACGACAAAGAAGGCGCCAAAAUCGUGCUGAACCUCCUCGAAAAGGCCAAAUCGAAAAACGUCAAAAUCCAUCUACCGGUCGAUUUCAUCAUCGGCGAUUCCUUCAGCGAGAAGGCGAGCUCGAGCUGCGCCACCAUCAAGCAGGGCAUACCCAGCGGGUGGAUGGGGCUCGACAUCGGCGCGGAGUCGGUGUGCAGGUUCAAGGCGCCCCUCAGGCGGGCCAAGAUCAUCGUGUGGAACGGCCCGGCGGGCGUCUUCGAAUGGGACAAGUUCGCUUCGGGCACCAAGGCGAUCAUGAACGAGGUGGUGGAGGCCACCAGGAACGGUUGCAUCACGAUCAUCGGCGGCGGCGACACCGCCACUUGCGCCGCCAAAUGGCAGACUGAGAGCUUGGUGUCGCACGUUUCGACUGGAGGCGGUGCCAGUCUGGAAUUGUUGGAAGGGAAAGUUCUGCCCGGCGUGGCUGCUUUGACUGAUGAUAAAUGAUUUUGUUUCUCGGUACAUGAGUUUUUUUUUGAAUAAGUAAUAUAAUAUUUUGCGUAG